AUCCCAAAACAGCCCAACACCGCGCAAAAAACAGUGUGGAUCCAUCAAACUCACAGAAAUGAAACACUUGAAGUCUAUACGUCUGUAAACCAGAAAACUGCAAUUGUAUUUGGUACAACAGUACUAAAGGCUCCUUUCAAUACCAAUAACGAUCUGAAUACUGCCAGAUCGAUAUUUAACGCGACAUUAACCCGUGUACACAGUUGGCUCAAAUUUACCGGUAUACGAAUACAUUUAUUAUUUAAUUCCUUUUUUAGAGUGUCUUUAGAUGCUUUGUAGCCGUGUUGCUAUUUUACAACUCUUGUUCACAAAGCGCAAAAAUGCUAGUCCGUUGGUAGGCUAUUAUUAAUGAGUUUUGACAUCGAAUGUUGCCCGCUUUGUCCAGAAAUAUAGCGGGGAGUCGCUUCCCCUAAUUUUCAGCAGUCAGCCAACAACAGAUGGCGCACUGAGUACUUCCGGAGUGAGAAAGCGUGUUCACCAUUUCUCCGGCUUAUCAUUCAAGCUAGAAUGGCAGCGAUAAAGUUGUUAAAUCCAAAAGCUGAGGUAGCAAGAGCAGCUCAGGCCUUAGCUGUCAAUAUCAGUGCAGCAAAGGGAUUACAGGAUGUCUUGAGAACGAACCUUGGGCCGAAAGGAACGAUGAAAAUGCUUGUGUCUGGUGCAGGAGAUAUCAAACUAACCAAAGAUGGAAAUGUUCUGCUUCAUGAAAUGCAAAUCCAGCACCCAACUGCCUCCCUGAUAGCCCGUGUGGCCACCGCCCAGGAUGACAUCACUGGGGACGGCACCACAUCUAAUGUGCUCAUAAUCGGGGAGUUACUGAAGCAGGCAGAUCUCUACAUAGCCGAGGGUCUUCACCCACGUCUCAUCGCAGAGGGGUUUGAGUUGGCCAGGAACAAGGCUUUAGAGGUUCUAGAUGAGGUGAAAAUAGCUCGCGAGAUGGAUCGAGAUACACUCAUCAAUGUAGCGAGGACGUCACUGCGUACGAAGGUUCAUGCGGAACUGGCUGAUCUGCUGACAGAGCACGUGGUUGAUGCAGUGCUAGCCAUUAAGAAACCAAAUGCACCGAUUGACCUUCACAUGGUAGAGCUGAUGGAGAUGCAGCACAAGACUGAUAUGGACACCACAUUGAUUCGUGGUCUUGUACUAGAUCACGGAGCACGUCAUCCAGACAUGAAGAAGCGUGUGGAAAAUGCCUUCAUUCUAACCCUGAAUGUUUCCUUGGAAUACGAAAAAACAGAGGUGAACUCCGGGUUUUUCUACAAGAGUGCAGUAGAGCGUGAACAGCUGGUUCAGGCAGAACGCGCAUUCAUCGAUGAGCGCGUUCGUAAAGUCAUCGAGCUGAAGAAAAAAGUGUGUGAAGGAAAUGACAAGGGGUUUGUUGUGAUUAACCAGAAAGGGAUUGACCCACUGUCAUUGGACAUGCUGGCCAAGGAGGGCAUCGUAGGAUUGAGGCGUGCUAAAAGGCGAAAUAUGGAGAGACUGUCUCUGGCAUGUGGCGGGAUGGCUAUGAACUCCGUAGAGGACCUGACACCUGACUGUCUGGGCUUUGCUGGACUGGUGUAUGAACAUGUACUGGGAGAAGAUAAGUACACUUUCUUGGAACAGUGCAAGAACCCGAUGUCUGUGACAAUUGUCAUCAAGGGACCAAACAAACACACUCUGACACAAAUUAAGGAUGCCAUCCAUGACGGAUUGAGGGCGGUGAAAAAUGCCAUUGAAGACGAGUCUGUCAUUCCCGGAGCAGGAGCGUUUGAAAUAGCGGCAUACCAGGAGCUGAUGAAGUACAAGGACACGGUGAAGGGCAGAGCCAGGCUGGGUGUCCAGGCGUUUGCCGAUGCCCUGCUGAUCAUUGUGAAGGUAUUGGCUCAGAACUCAGGGCUUGACGCUCAGGAGACACUGGUCAAGCUUCAGGAAGAGUACACCUCCCCUAAACAAGCCAUUGGGCUGGACAUCAAGACAGGGGAAGCGAUCAUACCAGCAGACCAAGGAAUAUUUGAUAAUUAUCGUGUGAAAAAACAGUUAUUACAUUCGUGCACUGUCAUAGCCAGUAACCUUCUCCUGGUGGAUGAAAUCAUGCGGGCUGGAAUGUCCUCCCUCAAAGGCUGAGGUUUCAAGCCCCCACAUUUUAUUAAGUGCCAUAAAAUUACUGCUUACAUGUUCUUUUUAGUAUUUUCUGUUUUAUACUUUACGUUCUGUCGGCAUCGUGACGUCUCCUUCUGAAUUCAAAAUGUGAAAUUAUAUUUGAAGCUGCAAGUGCUACAAAAUUUAAUUAAAAUUUGAAAUGCUAUAUUUAUCAAGGCUGUAAGGGUGUAACUUUUUUUGUUUUCACUGUGAAAAACAUUGUCAGUUUUUGGUGUGUUACGAAUAUUCCAUGUCAGUAUAGAGUUUUGGACGCAGAAAUACUGCACAAAAUUAAUCAGAUUUUGUCGCAGUGCUCAAAUAAAUCUCCCCUUGUGCUGUCGUAUUACUUGUAAUUGUAGUGUUUACUUUCUUACAGUACAGCUUAGGAUAAAAGUCAAAACCAGACAAGAGAUUAGUGCGAUCCUAGAGGCCUUGUAAUGAGUUGGUAGAGAGUUUGUAAACAGUCACCUACAGAGUCAGUGAUCCGUCCACUGUGACUGAUCACACACACUUAGCGGAGCAUUGUUAGGCCAAUGCGCUCGCUGUGGAAAGUGGACGACGGAAAAUAUAGUCUUUUGUUAAAAUGAUGUAAAAGAUUGUUGAAAGACAAACACAACACAUGGAACUGAAGUAAAACAUAUGAUGUGUGUGUUUUUGAUCGCAGAGUGGCGAUCUUCUAUUAAGUAAUGAUUUACAAGUCCAUGCGAGAUUUGUAAUCGAUCACCAUGACUGCUAAAACUAGCUCCUUCAUCUCCAAUAAUAAAAGAUGGACAAAUAUCUUUCAUUUCUUCAGUAGAAGGUUUAACUUGUUGUGGGAGUUAUUUGUCAGUGAGAAAUUAUCUGCCACUCAGUGAUUUAGAAAACCAAAUUGACCCUUUGACGCUGACAUGCCGUGCAACAACAACAGUGCGGUAUUACAAUGUGAAUUGGAUCUACAGAAGUGGUGAUUUUUGACGAUGUGACUAGGAAAAUUUGUAGUUUGUAUGAACCGUGUAGGAAAAGCACCCACAUAGCAAAUGAAUGAAGGAACAAAAUAAUUUGUUGAAAGGUUUUUCUCACAGAAAAGGUAAUACGGAAAUGAUUUUCAAGUUGCACCAAUACAUUUUAUUCGAAGUUUUGGCUUACCAGACAUAGUGUACCUUUUCUUUUCUGACUCUGUGACUACAAAAGGCCUUCAUGAAAUUCCUUCCACUCUGUUAAUUUAUGCUUUACAAUACAUGAUUUGAACCAAGAUUGGGUUGAAUUUAGAUAGGCCUGUCAAAUUUUAUUCGUGAACUUGAAUAAAAAGUUGAGGCAAAAAUGUAUGUGA